AUGGAUACUGAUAUGUCCGGAGGAUGUACAUUGUACAUGUACAGCCAAGCGGGCCUGCCGUGUGGAGAGGGAAAGCAGUUCCAGCACGUGGAAAUGACACGGACAGAUGGACUUGCUCGUUCCCAGCAGCUGUAUCUUGCAGAUCUGGCGAGAACAUGGGACUGGGCCCUGCUAACGUGGUAUACAGGUGGAUGUGCGAUGGGCCAGCCCCCCCGGUCGAGGGUAGCAGCAGUUCGAUGCAACAGCCACCAAGGUGCGCGCGUUUCAACCAGAUGUUCGUCCGGGUUGGCCCUCCGCCAAGUUGUUGACAGAAUGGUGGUCAAGGAUGGAAAGGUCGAGUUCUUCCAGUAA